CCCAACUUCCUCCCACUUUCUUGUAAAAUACUAUCAAUUCCCAUCCCAUCCCCCCCAAAAAAAAAUCUCAUAUCACAAAAUUAAUUUCCAUCCAUCCAAAACAACAUGAAGAAAUCAGGUAUCUUAGCAGCCUCUGUUUCUGCUGUUGCCAUCUCUACCACCACCACCACCAGCACGACUUCUUCUAAAGUUCGAAUUUCUCUUCAUAAGGACAAAAAUUUGAAGAAAAAGGAUGAAAAUUAUAGUUCAAAGCCAGUGAAAGCAUCAACAUCUUCAGAUAAAUUUGCACCCAGAUUUGAUGGAUUGAAGUUUAUAGAGACUCUCGUCACUGCUCACAGAUAAGUUCACAAAAGAGGCAGCCAAAAAAUAGUUUUGGAUGGAAAUAUAAAAGAAAGAAAAGAGGAUUAUGAUACUGUUAUUGAUAGUCCUAUUAUGAGAUGAUAUACUUUGAAUUCAUACUACAACUACACGAUUGUUUCAUGGGUUAAUGUUCACACAAAUUGUAGCUCCAUGGAGCCAGAAAUUUGGCAAAUGAUGUGCAAUUUUGUUUUAUCAGUUGUAUUAAGUAAUUAAGCAUGUGCAAAUUUAAAUAUAAAUAUACACUUGUAGCUAAUAUUUGAUCUCUAUAAGGAUGUGCAUCGAACCACCCUUUGUCUAAGGUGGCUAAGCCCAUCCCUUUUAAGAUGGAGAAAAACAUUACUAAUAAAAGAGGUUUAUCAGAUUUGACUAUAAAA